CAUUAUUGGGCGAAGCUUUGUGAUGUUACGGGAUGGGAACACUUAAGAUUAUUUAAAUGAGUGGUGUUAUGUAUAAUCUAUGUCCACUUGUUUUUAAAAUAGCUUAAUAAGACUUUUAUCUGUUAUCGUAAGUACUGGAAAUGGUUCCCGCCAUUUUUUGUUGAGUAAAUGCACGAUCAAACUUCGGAGCCAGUCGUAAUACCGGACAUGGCCGAAUCAUUGACGAACGAAACCGAGGGCAAUGGAAAUUUAUCUUCGGAAGAACACAAAACUGUUUCGGUCUCAGCAGUAGAAUCUGUUUCUGUGUCUUCUGCUGUUCCUGUAUCAUUACCGGUUGGAUCUUUAAUAAAUGUUUCAUCUGGGACAACCUUCAACGUCAUCACUCCAGACCAAAUCCAAUUAUCAGGGGCCACAGCACAUUUCAAGCCGUUGCUUUGUGUGGACAACUCCUGCAUUUGCGAUGGGCGUCAAGACAAAGACUCUGACACACUCAGGUCAUGGGUGAGAACGGAAAAUGGUACUCUAAAGGCUACUCAUAUAGUGAUCCAGGAUGGAGCUGACGAUUCGUCUACGUCUCACACCUGUACUUCCUCAUGGACAGAAUACGCCAGCAUGCCCAUACUGCCUGUCCGGUGCAAAACAACAAAUGCAGAGCUACACAAGAGUAGGUUCGGCUCUGGCGGUCGGGGACGCUGCAUCAAACUAGAGGACAACUGGUACACUCCUAGCGAGUUUGAGGCUCUCUGUGGUCGGGCUUCCAGCAAGGACUGGAAGAGAAGUAUCAGAUUUGGUGGACGCAGCUUGCAGACACUCAUUGAUGAGGGAAUAUUGACUCCCCACGCAACGAGUUGCACUUGCGCCGCAUGCUGUGACGACGAUUCUGCUACUGGUCCUGUGAGGUUGUUCACCCCUUACAAGAGACGCAAGAGAAUUGAAGGGUCAUCAGACGGAGAGGGGCGUCCCAGGAAAGUCAAGUCUCGGGAACAUGUGGAGAGCAACGGUGAAGACAGUUGCGACUCAACCGGAGCUGCGGAAAUCCUGGGCAUCAAGGACUCGUGGAACUCAAGCCAGUUUGUGACAGAGGCGAUGGUGGAAGAGAACGCCACAGUGUCAACCUCCGCAGCCAGUGUAACUCCCAUCGUGUCAGUGACUGCGACCGUCACAAACACCUCCCCACCUGGCGGCGAGGGGGCGUCAACUGCAGAAUUGUUCAAGAAACUCGACGAGAUGUCAUCAAGAAUGGUGAAGGUUGUCUACACAGUGAGAAGGACCAUCGAGGAAGCCAAGGAACAGUGGAGAGCAGAGAAGGAACAACUGAAGGAGCAAGCUAAGAGAGACAAGGAGCAAGCAGUCCUAGCAGCCAGAGUAGAGGCCCAGGUGGCUUGUACCAGGACUGUUUUUGACUCUACAGUACAUGUAGUGGAUCCCAUCAAUACAGUGGGGUUGCAGCCAACAUCCGAUUCAAAUGACUCAAAAAAGUGUGCCAACUGCAACAGAGAUGCGUUCGCUGAGUGUUCGCUGUGUCGCAGGACGCCGUACUGCUCCACAUUCUGUCAACGCAAGGACUGGGCUGGUCACCAGGUGGAAUGUGUUCAUAGUCAGGACCAAGGGUCUAUCAUGCUUAUAGUGGAGAGCUCGGCCGAGCAAGUGCUCACACAGGCCGAGUGAAAACAUGGCCAUCAUUAAUCUUAAUUGAAGUACUGCAUGUGGGCGAGUUAGGUUAGUUACGCAUAUUUAAAAAUACAUUUAGGCCUAUGUAUGACAUAUGUAAAAUACAUUUCGUUUCAAAAGCUGUGCUUAACGUUGAAAAUUCUCAGAGUAAACAAUUGUAUGGAA